UCACAACAUCCAGCAACAUGGCAGCGGCGGAGCAGAGUCCCGGUGCUGAGGCCGGUUUACCGGAGAACCAGGAGGCUCCAGCGGCGGGGGCAGCCAGCGAGACACCGGGAGCUGCUGCCCGGGACAAGCCCGUGUGUCUGAUCGUGCUCGGCAUGGCGGGCUCCGGGAAAACCACCUUCGUCCAGAGGCUGACUGCUCACCUUCACACCCGUAAAGCUCCUCCGUAUGUCAUCAACCUGGACCCUGCUGUCCACGAAGUCCCCUUCCCUGCAAACAUCGACAUCAGGGACACUGUGAACUACAAGGAGGUGAUGAAGCAGUACGGCCUGGGACCCAACGGAGGCAUUGUCACGUCACUCAACCUGUUCGCCACACGCUUCGAUCAGGUGAUGCAGUUCAUAGAGAAGAAGCAGCAGAAUCACAGGUACGUGCUGAUCGACACCCCGGGUCAGAUCGAGGUGUUCACCUGGUCGGCGUCUGGAACCAUCAUCACAGAGGCUCUGGCCUCGUCCUUCCCCUGCGUGGUCGUCUACGUGAUGGACACGUCCCGCAGCGUCAGCCCUGUCACCUUCAUGUCCAACAUGCUCUACGCCUGCAGUAUUCUCUACAAGACCAAGCUGCCAUUCAUCGUGGUCAUGAACAAGACUGACAUCAUCGACCACAGCUUCGCUGUGGAGUGGAUGCAGGACUUUGAGGUUUUCCAGGAUGCUCUGAACCAGGAGACCUCGUACGUCAGCAACCUGACACGCUCCAUGAGCCUGGUGCUGGACGAGUUCUACACAGACCUCAGGGUGGUGGGCGUCUCUGCGGUGACGGGCAGCGGGUUGGACGAGCUGUUUGUUCAGGUAGAAGAUGCUGCAGACGAGUACGAGAGAGAUUACCGUCCUGAAUACGAGCGUCUCCGCAGACAGCUGGCCGAGGCUCAGAGUCAAAAGCAGAAGGAGCAGCUGGAGCGGCUCAGGAAGGACCUGGGAGCUGUGGACAUGAGCAGCACACCUGCAACAGAGGGCGGGGACAUCGCCGGGCCCAGUGACCUCAUCAUGAUGCGUGGUAAUCCUGAUGACAGCGAGGAGGACGAAGUGGACAGCGACACGGACGACAUCGACCACAGUGUAACGGAGGAGAGCAAAGAGACAGAUGCUUUUGGAAACUUCCUCAAGGAGCGGCGGGAAGUGGUUCAGGUCCGAAACAGAAAGUGUGCACUCCCUGAAGACCCCUGACCUUUGACCUCUGCAGUCCGACCUUUGACCCCGUCUGGGAAAAGAAGGUGAGGAGGCACAGACUAUCACCUGGAGCAGACUCUGUGGAACUAAAGAAACUAAAUCUGAACUCUCGGCUGCUCCUCCGCGUCCCUUCUUUACCUGAAAACAAAAAGUUAUAUUUUUAUAUCAGAAAAGACUAUUCUAUUCUGCUUUACAUGUUUUUUUCCAUUGAUGUUGACUUUUGUUUGUGAAAGCACUAAAACUGAUCUAUGAUGUGCAAAAUAAACGUGAGCUUUUGGUUCAGAAUUGUUUUAAAUUUAA